UGACUGGGUGCUGACUGGUUUUUGGGUGACCUGCCCUUUUGUUGGUGGCUAGCUAUAACUAUGAGCUCUUAUGAUACGCCAUUAAUAACCCAUUCAUACGAGGAAUCUACUAGUACAAGGAUGGACUUAGAUCAUAGUGGUCCCAGCACAGGUUAUGUUGCUCUUCCCUCGUCUGAUAAUUCUGCUAAUAGAGGAGGAAGCAGGAGAACAUUGAAUAGCACUUAUUUAUCUGGUAGGCAAUCACAGCAGCAAAAUGUGCAACACCUUUCUCUCUAUUCACAUGAUGAUAAUGGUGAUACUGCAGUUGAGGUAUUGGAUAUACCCAGCAGAACAUCUACUAAUGAUGAUGAAACUACUGGAGGAAUCAUUGAAGGACGUUUAACAGCAAGUUUCACUGACUCGACUGGAGGAUACGACAAUUUGGCUGGUGUUGGAACUUUUGGCUGGGACGAGCCUUCUACAACAAUAGCACUUGAUCUUUGCAAGAAAUAUGUUCUUAAUCCUUAUCAUAUUCUUCUCAAAUUGAUUGGCUGGAGGUCCUUUCGGUCACGUUUUGAUCCUGCACCUUUGUACAAGAGGAUUUGCAAUGUUGUAUAUCCUAUUUUUAUUUUUAGCAUGCUGAUAUUUGCCUGUAUAGCACAGAUCACUACAUGUUUCUCAAGAUCACAGUCUCAAGCACCUGUGAAGAAAGGGAAUUAUUCUGUCUUGAUGUGUGAUGAUCAUAUUGUUACUCAAGAUUUAAUAAGUUAUCUGUUAAUCUUGAGUUCUUAUAUCGUUGGAUUUGUAAUUUUUCGUUUUUCUGAGACAGAAAACCUCUCUUCCUUGUCUGAAACUGUAUUCUUAAGUUAUAAUUACACAAGUGUCAAUAAAUCUAGAAAGAGACCUGUGUUUGUUUUACUUGGUUUUCUUGUUUCUGGAGUACUGUGGUUCUUUCUUUCAUUUGGAGUUAGUAUAUUACGUAUAUUUGCUCUAAAGUUGGACAAAUCAAACACACUUAUACACUGGUUUACCAACAGUACAUACCAACUCACAAUUGACCAACAUGUCUAUGAUGGAUUGCACUACUCACUUGUUUCUUUUGCAAUGCUGGGAUUUGUAUUCUUUGAUCUUUUAUACAUUGCAGUGGUUAUCAAUUAUGCUUCACAGUGUCAGAUGCUUUCUUUUUACAUUGAUAACAUAGUUGACAAAGUACAAAACAAACACUAUAAGAAUUUAAAUACUGCAACAAAAGAGGUCUAUCAUGUGUACGAGUUUUUGAAAGUGUUAAAUGGAAAACUGGCUUUUAUAACCACUGCAGUUAUAUUUGUGUUCGUGGUGAAUGUCAUUAGUUCUUAUAAAGAUCUCAGUGGAAAUGAUCCUCAUUAUGCAACUGGAAUUGCACUUGGUUUUCUUAAUGUAUUUCAAUGGAUUUUAGCAGUUGUGUUCCCUGUAGCAAUGGCCACUCUUCUCACUGCUAAAGGUAGAAGUAUUCGUACUCUUGGUCUUCAAGUUGCCUGUAGACCAUUUGUCUUCUCUGACACACCUGAUUUAGAAUUAGAGAUGUUUUUGAAUUACACUAAUUCUACGAGAUAUGCUGCAAAAAUAGCACUUGUUCCUAUGUAUCCUGCUUUUGUAAUUGGUGGCUCUUUUAUCUUAUUCUUGCUUGUCACUUUGGGCAUCUUUGUGCCACGGGUCAAUUCUGUAUCAUGGUUUUAAAGAGUGGAAACUUUGUAUUAUAAUAAUAUUAUUUUUAUGAACACAUUGUGCAUGCGUAAUAGCUAGAUUUAUGCUGGCUGAAUUAAUGUUGAAUUUUUGUUGCAAUUAAUUUUAUUGUUUUGUCAAAAUUGUAUUAAACCAUA